AUGAACACACCGCUGCCUCCUCCUCCCAGCGCGACGCAGGCAGUCCAAAAUGCUGUCACUAUGGACCCAAGCGCACCCGCGACUAGCAAGGGAUUGUCCUCCAUCCCAUUCCUGUCUGACCUGAUUGGUGACAACCCAUAUUUUCAAGCCGGCUUUGGUUUGAUGGGUGUAGGUGUUGGUUUAUCCGUCCUGCGACAAGGACUCACUCUGGGGAGCGUAUUCUUGCGCAGAAGGCUACUUGUCUCCCUUGAGGUCAAUAACAAGGAUCGUUCCUACGAGUGGUUCCUAUCAUGGAUGGCACACCAGGCCACCGCAGCCCCAUCAAGGAACCCAGCUUCCCGGCUCUUGAGUCGCAGUCACCAACUUAGUGUUGAAACGACAAUAGAGCAUCGAAAGAAUGGUAGUUCCUCCGCGAUGUUCUCCCUCGUUGCAGGCCCUGGUACACACUGGUUUCGCUAUAACGGUGCCUGGAUGCAGGUUAAACGUGAAAGGGAGACACGAUCAACCCAACUCAUGUCGGGCAUGCCUUGGGAGACUUUAACUCUCACUACGCUCUCUAGAGAUCGUGCUUUGUUUCCGCGACUACUGGCUGAAGCGAGGGACUUGGCCAUGCGAGGGCAUGAAGGAAAGUUAGUUAUUCACACAGCCUGGGGAAUUGAAUGGAAGCCAUUUGGCCAACCACGGGGCAAGCGCCCUUUGCAGAGCGUUGUCCUGCAGUCUGGCGUAAGCGAAAAGAUCGCCCAAGAUGUGAAAACCUUUCUGGAUCGCCGACAAUGGUAUGCCGAUAGAGGCAUUCCAUAUCGCCGAGGGUAUCUUCUUCACGGUCCCCCAGGCUCCGGAAAGACGUCCUUCAUACAAGCUCUCGCAGGUUCCUUAUCCUACGAUAUAUCCAUCCUUAAUUUAUCAGAACGGGGUCUGACCGACGACAGACUCAAUCACCUGCUGUCGAAUGCCCCCGAGCGCAGCUUUAUCUUGGUCGAAGACAUUGAUGCCGCGUUUAGUAAACGAGUACAAACGUCGGAGGAUGGAUACCAAUCUUCAGUGACGUUUUCGGGCUUCCUCAAUGCACUGGACGGUGUGGCGUCGGGUGAAGAACGCAUCGUAUUCAUGACCACAAAUCAUCUUGAAAGACUCGAUCCAGCUUUGAUUCGUCCGGGCCGCGUGGAUGUGACGCAGCUUGUAGACGAUGCGAGCCCGAUACAAGCCAAGACCCUUUUCACGCAAUUCUAUGGCGGAAACGGGAUCGAGAUCCACCACAUAAGGACAAAGGGCAACGAAUAA